AUGUCGACACCGCCUGUUGCUUUCAACCGCCUCAAGCAGAUUGCCACCGAUGUACGCCUGAACUCGCCCGCCGUGGCUCUUGCUAGAUACACCGAGGACGGCGUGUGCAACAACGCCAUUGGCAAUGCCGAAUUCUACGACCACGCCAAGACGGAGCAAUGGAACUCUACCAUAAUUAGCUCGAUGCUCAAGGCCGUCAUCUCCGAGUCGACCCCGCAGGGCGCCAGCGCGCCGUCGUUCAAGUUUGCCUGCAACAGCACGAUUGUGCAGCACCUGGUGCCGACGUCGUCGCUGCAAAAGUCGCGGGCAGGCGCGGACAGCAAGGGCGAGCAGCCGCACAUUUCGACGAGCACCGAGACACCGGCGGCGACGGCGACGGACGGCAAGCCGCACGUGGGCCGGCGCGGUAUGCACAGCGCGACGGGCGCGUACUGGGACGAGAAGAAGGACGGCAUGUGGACGUUCAAGUACGAUGGUGGCGAGGGCAAGGGGCUGGACGUGGUGAUUAUGCUCAUCUGGGUUGCGAUUUAG